UGUAUGUGCAUGUUGGUCUAUACAAAUCUCUCAUCGCUAAAAAAAAAUGAUUUAGCAAUAAUUCAAGUGAUAUUAUCUCACAGCUCCCGUAGUCAAUCAGUGUUUCCAUAAAAAUCUAGGAAAAGUAAUUGCAUAUUGUAAAUAAUCAUUGUCGAUGAAAAAUGGCUGCAGACGAAAAAGUAUUCUUCACAAAAACAGUGCAACAUUUGGCAAGAUCAUUGGCAGGAAUAAAACCUACACCAUGGGAAAAGGUGAAUCGACUGUUCAAACUGUGUCCCCAGGAGUCAGGUCAAGGUGUUUUUCGUAUCGAUCAACGAGGCCAGGAUGCGAUAAUAGCUCUUGGAAUCUACUUCCUGGAAUCUGACUUACAACACCGAGACAAAAUUCUCCCCUAUUUACUGCGUCUUCUUCGAGGACUACCAAAAGUCGUAUGGUUGGAUGAAAUAAGAGUGAUAUCUGUAGAGAGAAUCCCAGUGGCUGAACGAUUCAGUUUCUGUCUGAAUACACUUCUGAGUGACGUAGCAGCACGAGGUGAAUCAGCCAGUGAAGAGAUUAUAGCUACCCAGGUUGAAAUCCUCUCCGUCAUCACAAAUUUAAUCAGAGGUUGCAAAGAACAGAACGGAGCACGUGGACUCCAGGCGAAAUUAACUCUGUGCAAAUGUGUAGUACCAGUUUUAUUCGGUCUAGCACGUUCUAUGGGACGAUUUGCGACUGUGGAUCCACCACUGCUCUGUAGAAUUUUUCCUCAGCCAGAACCACCCGUGAAGAACAAUUACGAGGCAUCACCAAACAAAAGACACAGAAGUUUCUCAAACUUUCGUCCGAUAAUUCCACGGUCACUGAGUGGAAACUUGAAUCCCCAUUCAUCCAUCGAUAGUACUCAAUCAGCAUCAACGGCAGGGGAAGAUUAUGCCCCCAUCAAAAGACCAUCUUUACACUCUUAUCUAUCGGUUCCUUACGACCCAUCCACGUAUUUCUUCACUCGAUAUGGAUCGUGCUUCAAUCAAUUUCCGCAGAUGAGAUGCAACGAGAGCCCUGAGAGGAGAACGGGAUUGCUGUUCAGUAUUGUUCAUCUCCAAAGUGUACUGGCUCUUGCUAAAAAACUACUGACUAAAGAUACGUUGGCCUUCCUUGAUGAUGAAGCACAGCAGAUUUACUUUUCUGGCCAGAUACAGAUAUUCCCUUACAGAUCAUUCAGUGAGACGAUGAAUUUAGUCAUGGUGGCUCUCUUGAGGGAAUUACUCCAGAAUCAACGGGAUUUACCAGCUCCAUUUACACGAGAUGUUCAAGAAUUCGUUAAAGGAUUAUUUCUCUCUGGACAGACUGAAUUGCAGUCACGCCAGCACGAUGCCAGUGAACGGGAGGAUGCUGAUACCAAUUUCAGAACUGUCAAUCGAUUCAAAGUCAAUGUCAUGGCUAAUUCUGCUUGUGUGGAUCUCCUAGUCUGGGCAAUUGGUGAUGAAACAGGUGCUGAUAGUCUUUGCAGUCGUCUGACAGAGAAGAUAAAUUCAAAUCAUGGACCAAAGCUAGUUUUAGCGCACAUGCCACUCCUGAUGGUAUGCUUGGAGGGCCUAGGCAAACUUGCCCAAAAAUUUCCCAAUAUCGCAAUAACAUCAAAAUACAAUUUGCGAGAUUUCUUGAUGAACCCAUCGCCAAUUCUCGUAAAACUUCAUCGACAAUUCAGUGACAAAGUCGUAAAGGACCCACAAUUUCAUACGACAGCAAUUCAGGGAAAAGAUGUCACUGAUUCUCACCGUUCAGUUUCGUCGUCUCAAGCAGCAUUCGAGAAGCUUCGAGAUGCUGCAAUUGGUAAUCUCUGCAUUGCCCUGGAGGCAGCACAGCCGGUUUAUCCAAACUGUGUACCUGCUUUAGUCAGUAGUGCAUCAACGCGUAUGUGCAGUCUGGAGAAGAGUGACAAUACCGAAAAAUUGGCUAAUCAAUUAGUAGCUGAGAAUAUUAUGAUAAUGCUGGGUCAUGUUGCUGUUGCACUCAGAGAUACACCCAAAACCACAAGCAGUAUUUUACAGUUUUUCGAGCAGUGCUUCUGCAGAGAUCCUAGCGCUCUAGACAGUCUGAUUGUCGAUCAAUUGGGCUGCAUGAUAAUAGCUAAAUGUGAAGCACGUGGUGAAAUAAUGCAGAUGUUUUCAAUCUCUCUGGAGUCGAGUUGUGUUGCCUAUUCAACAAAUGCUGAUAGAAAACAAUACAGACACGUAACUGGUGCUGUCACAAAUGCCUUGGCUAAUAUUGCAGCCAACCUUCAGGGUGAAGCCGAGCUUGAUAAGCUUCUCCUGAGACUCCUUCAACUCUUUGUGUCAAUGGGUCUCGAAGGAAAACGUCAGACUGAGAAGAUAGCGACUAAUAAUACGACAUCAACGACAUCAACUAUGACAAAAGUCUCGAGUGUCGCUGGAAAUCUUGGAGCUUUGAUUCCUGUAAUAGCUAUAUUGGUCAGGAGAUUGCCACCAAUCAGACAUCCUAGCACCAGAGUACUGAAAUUAUUCAAGGACUUCUGGUUGUACUGUGUUGUUUUCGGUUUUGUCCCAGUGGAACCUCAUUCUGCGAGACUAUGGCCAGAAGAAUGGUAUGAGGGAGUCAAGGAAAUAGCUAUCAAAUCCCCAUACUUAAUAGCCCAAACUAACGCCAAAUUAGAAAUGCGAGAACUCCAAUACACUUCAGCAGUUCGAAAUGAGAGUGUCUCAUUAAGUGAGCUUCAAGAGCUCCGGAAUCAAAUACUGAAGAUGAGUAUCAGAUCCUCAGACAUUGCUGCAUAUGUCACCAAAAUGCAGUUUGCACAAAUAACUUAUUUGCUGUCGGUUUACUGGGUGGAGACACUUCGUGUUGCCAACAGUUCUGAACCGAGUUUAGAGCCAAUAAUGGAAUAUCUCAGUGAUUCUGAUCUACAGAAGGAUAAAAGCGGUAUGUGGCAGUGUAUUUGCAGUGUUGGAGAUUCUGUAUUCGCUAAAUUUAAGGAUGUUAUGCAAAGAAAGCCAAAGGACGAAAAGCGUGAGCGGGAGCUUGAGAAUCAUACCCAGUUCCUACUAGUCAAUUUCAAUCACGUGCAUAAGCAGAUAAGGCGUGUUGCUGAUAAAUAUUUGAGUGCCCUUGUUGAUGCAUUCCCCCACUUGUUAUGGAACUGCAGAGUUUUAUGGAGUAUGCUAGAUAUACUCCAGGUUUUGGCGUUUUCCCUUCAAUUAGACCCCAAUGAAGAGAGUCCAUCGCUCAGAAUUCCAGGCACUCCAUACACCAUUCAUCUGAUGGAUUCUUUGGAAGCCAGGGAGAUCAUUGUUAAAGAUUUUGCUGCAAGAUGUAAAGGAAUUGUUCAAGAGGCAAUGAAAUGGGCACCUCAUGCCACUAGAUCCCAUCUCCAAGAGUAUAUCAAUCAAAUUCCAUCCUCGGGAAUGUGGCAUCACGCAGGACUAGCUCUAGCUACAGAUUCAGUAUUAGAGUUCGUUGAUUUAGCAGCCCCAGCCACUGGACCCAUAAACACUAAUUCGUUGGAUAAGCGACCGAGGGGAACGAAAGGUGCCAGUUCGUGGCUGCUCUCCAUGAUGUCGAGAAGAUCGUGGUACGCUGGAGAGGUGACAGGGAUGCUGGCUCUGGCUCACGCAGAAACACCCCUAGAGGAUCAGUCCUUUGACGAGGGUCAGAAAAUAGUGAUUGAUCGGGUGAUUGGAGCUGUGGAGCAUGCUUGUCACAGUCAGAACGACAAACUCCAUCAGGCUUCAUUGUGGCGUGCAACAGCUCUCCUCAUUUCAAUUCCAGGAGUUCAUAGAAGACUUCUUCAUACUGUCGCUGGAUCCCAGAUUAAAUUAUUCACCCACACCGCAAUGUUAACGGCUGUUGAAUGCUGGCAGUGGAUUUUAACUGCUCGUCCUGAUCUGAAGCUUCGUUUUCUCCAAGAGAUGCUGGGUGCUUGGCAGCACACUGUGGAUAAAAAUAUGGGACUAUUCUCACUGCAAUCCGAGGAAGUUAGUCCUCUUGCUGUGUAUGAAGGCUGUGAGCUUGAUCCCAAUCCACCUUAUGUGAAACCCCAUGAAAUAUGGGUGACGUUUAUCGUUGAAUUAAUUGAAACUGCCAAGUACUGCUGUCAGGAGACCGUAGAGAUGAUUGCAAUACUAUUACACCGCUCAUUACCAAUGACUGUUGGAGCUAGUGGAGAAGAGCCUAUUCUCAACAGACACGUGGCUGCUGUUGGAGCGCGUUUCAAGCUACUCUCUUGUGGUCUCCUUCUCUUGCAGGGUGACACUUUACCAAAAUCAUUGAGUAAAAAUGUUCUACGUGAGAGGGUAUACUGCAACUGUUUGGAUUACUUCUGUCGUGAGAGGCAAACACCAACUCAAGAGCCUGAUCAACUGAGGGAGGAUAUUGUGACAUUGAUGAGAUUCUGGCAAGUGAUGCACAGUGAUAAAAAGUACCUGAUGAUGACUGGUGAGGGAGAUUUUGAGAUGUUGAUAGAGCAUCAGACCAAUUUGACAGCCAAUGACUCAGCAUCGACUAUGAAUUCACUGGGUCCUUCCUCGAAGGAUACUAUGAGACAGCCAGCCACUGUUUGGAUUAAUACUGUACCACUUUCUACAAGUAGCAGUGCACUUGGAAAGCGGAGCAAUCGAAGUAAGCGAAUGAUGCAUGGUAAUGUCUUCGUCAAGGAUUACAUUAAGAAGAGGAAUUUAAUUUUGGAGCUGUUAGCUGUGGAGAUUGAACUUCUACUGGUCUGGCAUAAUCCUGGAGGUAGGCAGGAGCUGCAAGUGCCUGGUGAGGCAUCCAUAGCCGAAUGGAGAGCCAAGUCCAUGAAUGAACGAUGGAGAGACUACACUAGAUUGGCUUGGGAUAUCAGUCCAAUUCUAGCAGUAUUUCUACCGGUUCGUCUGAAAAAUUCUGAUACGAUUAUCCGAGAAGUUUGUAGAUUAGUGAGAUUGAAGCCAAUACCAGUAAUGCACGUGCCUGAAGCUCUUCAAUACCUCGUGACGACUGAUUCACUGUUGAAUGAUUCUCCAGAGCUUGUCUACAUGAUUACUUGGGCGAGAAUUUCGCCGAUUCAAGCAUUAGCUUAUUUCUCCCGACAGUUUCCUCAUCACCCAAUAUCAGCGCAAUAUGCUGUGAGAGUCCUUGAUAGUUAUCCAGCUGAUGCUGUAUUAUUUUAUAUUCCACAAUUGGUUCAGGCUGUUCGUCAUGACUCAAUGGGCUACGUCAUCGAAUUUAUCAAGGCAAUUGCCAAGAGAUCUCAAGUCGUGGCUCAUCAGCUGAUUUGGAAUAUGCACGUCAAUAUGUAUAGAGAUGAGGACAAGCAGAUAAAAGAUCCAGAUCUCUUCGACACUCUUGAUGCACUUGUUAAAGCAAUUCUCUCGUCACUCUCUGGACCAGCGAAACAGUUUUAUGAAAGAGAAUUCGACUUCUUUGAAAAAAUAACAAACAUCUCGGGGGAGAUACGACCGUUUCCCAAGGGCCCUGAAAGAAGGGAUGCGUGUCUCAAGGCAUUACGGAAUAUUACGGUGCAACCUGGAUGUUAUCUACCAUCAAACCCUGAGGCUAUGGUCAUUGAUAUUGAUUAUAACAGUGGAAGACCCUUGCAGAGCGCUGCUAAAGCGCCUUUCUUGGCUAGAUUCAAGGUGCAGAAAUAUGGAAUCAAAGAAUUGGAGAAUAUUGCCAUGGCAGUGUCUGCCAAUGGUAAAGUUGAGACCAAGUGUGCUGGACAAGAAGUUUGGCAGGCGGCAAUUUUCAAAGUUGGAGAUGAUGUUAGACAGGAUAUGCUGGCCCUUCAAGUCAUUGGAAUAUUCAAGAAUAUUUUUCAAAAAGUCGGACUGAAUCUUUUCCUGUUUCCCUAUAGAGUUGUCGCCACUGCACCCGGGUGUGGCGUAAUUGAAUGCGUGCCAAACGCAGAAUCUCGCGAUCAAUUGGGUCGUCAAACAGACUUUGGCAUGUACGAAUACUUUUUAGCGAAGUAUGGAGAUGAAACGAGUAAAGAAUUCCAAACCGCUCGGCGUAAUUUCGUCAAGUCCAUGGCUGCAUACAGUGUUAUCACGUAUCUCUUACAAAUAAAAGAUCGUCACAACGGCAACAUUAUGCUUGAUGAUGAGGGACACAUUAUUCACAUUGACUUUGGAUUUAUGUUCGAGAGUUCUCCUGGUGGUAAUCUUGGAUUCGAACCUGACAUCAAACUCACUGAUGAGAUGGUACUGGUUAUGGGUGGGAAAAUGGAAGCUGCACCAUUCAGAUGGUUUAUGGAAUUGUGUGUGCAGGCAUUCCUCGCUGUCAGACCCUAUCAGGAAGCCAUUAUUUCUCUAGUCUCGUUGAUGCUGGACACAGGCUUGCCAUGUUUCCGUGGCCAAACCAUCAAAUUAUUACGCAGUCGUUUUGCACCGAUGGCUAAUGAUCGUGAGGCUGCUGCAUUUAUGCUGAAUGUUAUUCGUAACAGCUUCCUGAAUUUCCGUACCAAAACAUACGAUAUGAUACAGUAUUAUCAGAAUCAAAUUCCUUAUUAAUUAUUGACUGGGUCUGUUGAAUUGGUGCCAAUGUGUCAUAUACAAUUAUUAUCUUCUGUUUGUAAAUAUUUAAAUUGUUAGCUAAUGACGUUAAUCAUUUCUGACCUGGUUUAAUGAGGAAAAAUUGAAAAAGAUUACUAAAGACACUUGUGAAAUCAUUGUUAUAUACUUUUGGGAAUUAUCGACGAAUACCUCUAACUGCUACAAAUUUUUUUUGACUCCGGGCCUUGUAUUAUUGCUAUUGUGCACUGUAAUACAUUCCAUUUUGUUUAUAUGUAAUAAUUGUAUUCAAUGAGAGAUAUAUAUUUAUUGAACUGUUGAUGAUCACGUUAUGAGAAUAUAAUAAAAAAAUUAUGUACUUAAAAAGUUAGAA